AAUUUAAUGCCAGUAGAAUCACACUUAUUCGGCUGAAUUCAAAAUGAAGUUUUCGCUAGUUUUGAUCGCAUUGGCGGCAGCAGCAGUUUCUGCCGAUGCUGAGACUCCGGUCUACAAAGCGGAAUACUUACCCGCAACACCUGUAAAUGUCAGUAAGAACUUGCGAAUAGUCGGAGGAUUUAAUGCCGAAAGAAACCAAUUCCCAUACCAAGUAUCUCUACAACGUCGAGGACUGAUCACAUUUUCGCACAUUUGCGGUGGAACUAUUAUUUCUCCAAAUUGGGUUUUAACUGCUGCUCACUGUACACCAGAUGGCAACACUUACCGUGUGGUAGCUGGAAUUAUUUUGCAAUCCGACGUAAAUGUUCCCGGUCAGCAAACAAUUGCCGUUGCUCAAGUCAUUAAUAAUGCCCUCUAUCCAGGAAACAACGUAGUGGCUCCAAACGAUGUGUCUUUACUUCAUUUGGCGUCGAGUCUGAUCUUCGGUGAAAGUGUACGGGCUCUUCCUAUACCACCCAGAUGGCACCAAGCUAGAGGAGAAGCAAUUUUGUCCGGUUGGGGUCUGACCCGAACUGGAGGAUCUAUUCCCGACCAUCUUCAAUUUGCCAAUCUUCCUAUUGUUCCUGAACGAGAAUGCGAUGAAAUAUUAACUAGCUUAUUGGGAACUCAACACCCGUUCAAUGAAGAGCUAAACGUGUGCUCAGGAAUUCAAUUUGGAGGAGAAUCAGCUUGCAAUGGAGACAGUGGUGGACCACUUUUUAACGAUGGUUUUGUUGUUGGAGUUGUAUCAUGGGUUUUGGUUCCAUGUGGAGCAUUCAAUGCUCCAUCAGUUUACGGUAAAACUUCCGCAUUUACUGACUGGAUUGUGGAAAAUACCCGUGGCGAAGUCCAACCAGGAAGAAUCCGUUCUAAAGGUUUAGAUAACCGUCAAGAUACCGUGAUUGCAGUAAAUAUAAAGAUCAAAAUCAAAAUUAAGUUGUGCCAGUUUUUGUUUAUUACCAGCAUGCAAGUUUCAUUAGUUUUCAGUCUUUUGACAUCAGCUGUAUUGGCUACAGCUAAUUAUAGCAACUACAACGCCGCAUAUCUUGACACGCCACUUAAAGUAAGCGAUGGACUUCAAAUCAUUGGGGGAUUCAAUGCAUUGAGAAAUCAAUUUCCUUAUCAAGUAUCAGUGCAACGUCUUUGGAUCUUAACAUACUCUCAUGUUUGCGGUGGCAGCAUUAUUUCAUCCAAUUGGGUACUCACUGCAUCUCACUGCACCACAUCUGGAACAUAUCGAGUAGUAGCUGGCAUUGUCUUGCAAACUGACGAAAAUGUUUUUGGACAACAAACUCUUGCAGUUUCAGAGAUUAUUAAUCAUCCACUUUAUCCCGAGACUGAUGCUGUAGCUCCAAAUGAUAUAUCAUUACUUCGCCUAUCUAGAAGCCUUAUUUAUGUAGAAAAUGUUCAACCGAUUCCUAUUCCACACCGAGGAUAUGUUGCUGAAGGAGACGCAGUUCUUACCGGAUGGGGCUUGACACGACCUAGUGCUCUGACUGUCCCAAAUCAUCUCCAAUUUGCUUAUCUUCCUAUCGUCCCAGGAGAAGAAUGCGACAACAUUUUGAACGACUUGCUCGGAGAUCGUAAUCCCUUUGAUGUAGAACUAAACGUGUGCUCUGGAAUCAGAAAUGGUGGAGAAUCGGCUUGCAGUGGAGACAGUGGUGGUCCACUUGUUAAUAAUGGUUUACUUGUCGGAGUUGUGUCCUGGGUAUUAGUUCCAUGUGGUGGACAUAAUGCCCCAACAGUGUAUGGUAAAACAUCUGCAUUUACAGACUGGAUAGUGCAAAAUACUAACGGAGAAGUAGAGCCUGCAAUUUUGUAAAAAUUGUGUUUAAUAAAAGCGUGACUUGGA